AUGGGUCAAUGGUGGGAAAACCAAAUUUAUUACAUUCAAAUGGAAUUGUGUUCCCAUAGUCUGCAGAAUAUUCUUCAACACAAACCACAAGUAUUUGGUCGACAACCGGGAGAACCCAUGAAUUCAAUCGAGUUUUACAUUUCGUGUCAUAUAUUCAAAGAGAUCUUAGAAUGCGUUCAAUAUUUACAUGAAUUGAAUCCUCCGGUCAUUCAUAGAGACCUUAAACCCGACAAUAUAUUAGUGGCGAAGACUGUAAGGAAUGGCAGGUUUUUCAAAAUUUGUGACUUUGGUUUGGCUACUGUUCACCAGCACUCGUCAGAUAAGGGAGACCUGGGAUAUCAGGCGCCAGAAGUAGGUCAGGGGGUUGACUAUAAUUAUAAGAUAGAUGUCUACAGUUUGGCUAAAAUUGCAGAAAAUGAUAUUUUUGGGAUUAAUUUGGAGGACGAACGAAAAGUAUUCAGACAAUGA